AUGUAUACAAAAGAUGAGAAAAAAGGCAAUAAAGCACUCAAAGGUGAUAUAGAAGAUAACAUGAUCAAAAGUGGAACAUCUGGUGAGAAGAGCACUAGUGGUGAGACACCAACAUGGGUUCAGAGAAGGCAAAACAGAGAUCUCAAACCUGAUGGACGUAUACGGAUAAGACAGAAGGAUAUGGACAGUUUUGUGUUUGUCUACUGCCAGAAGUUGGAGAGACGGGACUCGAGAGCUGAAGCUCGCCUCACAAAAGCAGCAGCAGCAGCUCCAGCAGCAGCAACAGUUCCAGCAACCCUAGCAACAUCACCAGCAGCAGCAGCAGCUCCAGCAGCAGCAACAGUUCCAGCAACCCUAGCAACAUCACCAGCAGCAGCAGCAGCUCCAGCAGCAGCAACAGUUCCAGCAACCCCCAGCAACAUCACCAUCAGCAGCAGCAGCUCCAGCAGAGUCAGCGAACGUGCGCCAGAACUCUCCACCCGUCCCCUUUAA